CACAAAUUGGAAAGAUAAUGGCCGUGAAAAUGCAUCUUAGUUUCUUCAUCUUAGCCACCAUUGGCUGCAUGCCAUUGGUAUCUGUGAGUUCGACGACUCAUGUUGUCGGACACAAAUUGGGUUGGAAUUUGCCCAGUUACCCAGGGUUCUACGACGACUGGGCCAAGAAACAAACCUUCGUUGUUGGUGACGUGCUUCUUUUCCAGUAUCACCCAGGACAGAACACGGUGGUUCAGGUAGACAAGAACGACUACGAUCAUUGCACUACCAGAAAUAUCCUCCACACCUACUUCAGAGGGAACUCUUCUGCUACUUUGGAGAAGCCUGGGGACUAUUUUUACUUCUCUUCCGUUGGCAAGCAUUGCGACUUUGGCCAAAAGCUUCAUGUUACUGUUUCUCAGUGAACCAAAUCCUCUAAUUAACUUCAUCCUAGUUCAUCUCAUCAAUUUCUGCAAGUCUUCUUGAUUGUGGGCACAAAUAUUGUUUUAAUUUGUUUAUCUUCUGUAUUAAUUGUACAUAGUUUAGGUUCUGUUUAUUUGCUUUAAUGCCUUUUCAC